AUGGCUUAUGUUGUUGGGGAAGGGGGCAAGAAGAUGGUGCUGUCGUCUGCCGCCAAAAAAUGGAAGGAUUUUAAGUCUACCUUAACUAGGCAGUUUAUCCUUCCAUUCGCAAAUGAGAAGGAGAAGUUAAAAGAGCCCCCUCAGCUUUAUAACUUCAUAGAGAAAUCUCAAUGGGAUGCCUUUGUAGCUUCAAGGUUAUCCCAAGAUUUUGAGGCUAUGCAUUCUGAGCAGUCACAGAGAAGGGAGAAAUGCGAGUACAACCAUAGGUUGUCUCGAAAAGGGUACGUUGGUUUGGAGGAUCAAUUGGAAGAAACCAUGCCCGGUGAAGAAAUCGAUCGAUCUCUGCUAUGGAAGAAGGCAAGAGAAGAUAAACAGGGAAACAUCCCUAAUCCAAAGGUUGCAGAGAAGGAUGAUUUGAAAAAACAAGUCUCCAAGGGCACUCUGACUGUCUCUAGGAGCAACGAUGUUUUGACCUUGGCUUUGGGAACCCCUGAGCUUGUUGGGAGGGUCAGAGGUGUUGGAGCUGGAAUUUCCCCAACUCAAUUCUUCAAUUUGCCGAGACAACAGAGAGUAAAAUUUGCUGACAAAUUGAAGGAAAGUGUUAUGGAAGCAGUGAGAGAGGAAACCAAAAAGAUGGAGGCUAGGGAAAGCAAAGUGUUUUGGUGGCAGUCAGAGCAGUGA